AUGCUGCUGCGGCCACCGCUGCUGCUGCUGCCGCUGCUGCUGCUGCUAAGGGGCCCCGGGGGCUGUCAAGAGGGCGCGGCGGCGGAGCUCACCCCAGAGCGGGUCCUCGAGUGGCAAGAUAAAGGAAUUUUUGUUAUCCAAAGUGAGAGUCUCAAGACAUGCAUUCAAGCAGGAAAAUCUGGACUUACUCUGGAGAACUGCAAACAACCUAACAAAAAUAUGCUGUGGAAAUGGGUUUCAAAGCAGCACCUCUUUAACAUAGGAGGCAGUGGUUGCCUGGGUCUCAACUUAUCUAGUCCUGAGCAGCCAUUGAAUAUAUAUGAAUGUGAUUCUACCCACAUCUCCUUGAGGUGGCGCUGUAACAGGAAGAUGAUCAUGGGCCCGCUGCAGUACAUGGUCCAGGUGAAGCACAAUACCACUGUUGUGGCCUCAUGGAAAUAUCUUUAUCAUAAGUGGAUUUCCUAUAUGUCAGAUGGUAAAGACAUUUGUGAAUAUACGCAUAAGGAUUUGUACACAAUCAAAGGAAAUGCCCGUGGGAUGCCAUGUAUGUUUCCAUUUCACUAUAACCGGAGAUGGUAUCAUGAGUGCACCCGGGCAGGUCGGGACGACGACUUACUAUGGUGUGCCACGACAAGCCGCUAUGAACAAGAUGAGAAGUGGGGAUUCUGCCCAGAUCCCACUUCUACAAAAGUUGGCUGUGAUGCUGUUUGGGAGAAGGACCUUCAUUCCCACAUUUGCUACCAAUUCAACCUACUUUCAUUCCUCACGUGGAAUGAGGCACAUUCUUCAUGCCAGCUGCAAGGAGGCACCUUACUAAGUAUUGAGGAUGAGCCGGAAGAAAAUUUUAUAAGGAAACACUUAAGCAGUGAAGCAGUGACAGUGUGGAUAGGUCUGAAUCAGCUGGAUGAGAAUGCUGGCUGGCAGUGGUCAGACGGAACACCACUCAGCUAUCUGAACUGGAGCCCAGAUAUAAACUUUGAGCCAUUUGUUGAAUACCACUGUGGGACAUUUAACUCGUUCGUGCCACAUGCCUGGAAGAGUCUGGAUUGUGAUGCCACUUUGCCUUAUAUAUGUAAAAAAUAUUUAACCCACACUGAUCAUGAAGUAAUUGGUGAACCAGAUGUUUGGAAAUAUUAUCCUACACACUGUGAACCUGGUUGGGAUCCUUACAAUCGUAAAUGCUACAGACUUCAGAAAGAAAAGAAGACCUGGAAUGAGGCUUUACAGUCUUGUCAUUCUGAUAAUGCCACGUUAAUAAGCAUACCUUCCUUAGCAGAGGUGGAGUUUCUUGUAACCUUCCUUGGAGAUGAAAAUGCAUCAGAAACAUGGAUUGGUUUGAGCAGCAGUAAAAUUCCAGUGUCCUUUGAAUGGGCCGAGGGUUCAGCAGUCACUUUUACUAAUUGGCAAACACUUGAGCCCCACAUUUUUCCAAACAGAAGCCAACUAUGUGUCUCCGCAGAGCAGUCUGAGGGACACUGGAAAAUUACAAAUUGUGAAGAAGCACUUUUUUACAUCUGUGAAAAAUCAGGCCAUGUCCUUUCUGAGUCAGGCUGUCAAGAGGGGUGGGAGAGACAUGGUGGAUUCUGUUACAAAGUUGACACAGUCCUCCGAAGCUUUGAUCAUGCUUCCAGUGGUUAUUACUGUCCUCCUGCACUUGUAACCAUUGCGAACAGGUUUGAACAAGCUUUUAUUGCCAGUUUGAUCAGCAGUGUGGCAAAAACGAAAGACAGUUAUUUUUGGAUAGCUCUACAAGACCAAAAUGAUACAGGAGAAUACACUUGGAAGACAGCAGGGCAGAAACCUGAGCCGGUGCGGUACACACACUGGAACGCACACCAGCCACGCUUUAGUGGUGGCUGUGUCGUCAUUCAAGGAAGGAGCCCCUCUGGUCGCUGGGAAGUGAAGGACUGUAGACACUUCAAGGCAAUGUCUCUGUGCAAACAGCCAGUUGAAAUUCGGAGAAAAAAUGAGCAUGAAGAGAGAUGGCCCUUUCACCCCUGCAGUUUAGGCUGGGAGUCAAAGCCUGGGCUGGCCAGUUGCUUCAAGGUAUUUCAUAGUGAAAAAGUCCUCAUGAAAAGAACCUGGAGAGAAGCAGAAGCAUUUUGUGAAGAAUUUGGUGCUCACCUCGCAAGCUUUGCCCAUAUCGAGGAAGAACAUUUUGUGAAUGAGCUCUUACAUUCGAAAUUUAAUUGGACAGAAGAAAGGCAGUUCUGGAUUGGAUUUAAUAAAAGAAACCCACUGAAUGCUGGCUCUUGGGAGUGGUCUGAUGGAACUCCUGUCGUCUCUUCAUUUUUAGACAAUACUUACUUUGGAGAAGAUGCAAGAAAUUGUGCCGUGUAUAAGGCAAACAAAACAUUACUACCUUUACACUGUGAUUCCAAACGGGAAUGGAUAUGCAAAAUUCCAAGAGAUGUGGAACUCAAGAUCCCACAGUGGUACCGGCAUGAUGAACCCUGGCUCUUUUAUCAGGACGCUGAGUACCUCUUUCAUACCUAUGCUGGAGAAUGGGCCCCCUUUGAAUUUGUGUGCAGUUGGCUGCGUGGUGAUCUUCUCACAAUUCAUUCUGCACAUGAACAAGAAUUUAUCCACAGCAAAAUAAAAAUGCUAUCAAAAUAUGGUGUAAAUUGGUGGAUUGGACUUCGAGAAGAAAGAUCCAGUGGUGAAUUUCGGUGGAGAGAUGGAACACCAUUAAUAUACCAAAACUGGGACAAACAAAGCAGCAGGUCUGUGACUAAUCAGACCCAGGGGUGUGGAUUCAUUUCAGCCAUAACAGGACUCUGGGGUAGUGAAGAGUGUUCCGUUUCUAUGCCUAGUAUUUGUAAGAGGAAAAUAUUCGGGGUCAUAGAGAAAGAGAAAGAUAUACCUAAACUGCACGGAACGUGUCCCAAAGGAUGGCUUUAUUUUAACUAUAAGUGUAUUCUGUUGAAAAUACCCAAAGAUCCAAGUCAUCAGAUGAACUGGACAGCUGCUCAAAAGUUCUGUGCUAAAGAAGGGGGAACACUGGUGUCCAUUGAAGAUGAAGUCGAGCAAGCUUUCAUUACUAUGAAUCUUUUUGGCCAGACUACUAAUGUGUGGAUAGGAUUGCAAAAUGGUGAUUUUGACAAAUGGUUAAAUGGAAAACCUGUAGUAUAUUCUAAUUGGUCUCCAUUUGAUGUAGUAAAUAUUGCUCAUCAAAAUACCACAGGAGUUCAAAACCACAUUCCUCUCUGUGCCUUGCUGUCAAGUAAUCCUAAUUUUCAUUUCUCUGGAAAAUGGUAUUUUGAAGACUGUGGAAAAGAAGGUUAUGGGUUUGUUUGUGAAAAAAUGCAGGAUACUUCUGGACCUGCUGUAAAUGCAUCUGCUAUGUAUCCAAUUCCUAGUACUUUAGAAUAUGGAAACAGGACUUACAAAAUAAUUAAUGCAAAUAUGACUUGGUAUACAGCAAUGAAGACCUGCCUGAUUCAUGGAGCAGAACUAGUCAGCAUUACAGACCAGUAUCAUCAGUCCUUUCUCACAGUUAUCCUCAACCGACUGGGACAUGCCCACUGGAUCGGUCUGUUCACUGCAGAUAAUGGUCUUAAUUUUGAUUGGUCUGAUGGGACCAAGUCCACUUUCACUUAUUGGAAGGAUGAGGAGUCAGCCUUCCUGGGUGACUGUGUUUUUGCUGACACCAGUGGACGUUGGAGCAGCACAGCCUGCAGCUCAUUUCUGCAAGGAGCCAUUUGUUAUGUGCCCACCGAGACAAGACCAUCUGACCGCCCAGAGCUAUGCUCAGAGACAUCGAUACCCUGGGUAAAAUUUAAAAGUAACUGCUACAGUUUUUCUACAGUCCUCAACAGUACAAGUUUUGAGGCUGCUCAUGAAUUUUGCAAAAAGAAAGGAUCCAAUCUUUUAACAAUCAAAGAUGAAACUGAAAAUGCAUUUCUCCUGGAGGAGCUUUUUGCUUUUCGUUUUUCUGUCCAGAUGGUCUGGUUGAAUGCUCGGUUUGAUAGCAGCAGUAAGUAG